CGCCCAGGGAGUGGCGGAGCCGGGGCUGCCUCCGCCCCCGGCCCGCCUCCGGCCCCGCCGCUCCAUCCCGGGACGGGCCGGCCGCGCUGACAGUCGGGCUCAGCGGCCGCCGCGGGAGCAUCAGCCGGGCAGCGCCCGGCGCUCCUGCCCGCGCCCACCUGCGGCGGCGGCUGCCCUGGGCGCUGCCGCCGCCGCUCCGCGCAGUCCCACCCCGCCUGCCCUCCAGGAUGAGCCCUGAGUAUUCUCUGCGCUCCUUGCUGCUCAUCAUCCUCGCCACCUUCUCGGCCAACGCCAGCAACUGGCUGUACCUGGCAAAGCUGUCUUCAGUGGGGAGCAUCUCCGAGGAGGAGACCUGCGAGAAGCUGAAGGGCUUGAUCCAGCGCCAGGUGCAGAUGUGCAAGAGGAACCUGGAGGUGAUGGACUCCGUGCGACGUGGAGCCCAACUGGCCAUUGAGGAGUGCCAGUACCAAUUCCGCAACCGCCGCUGGAACUGCUCCACACUAGAUACCCUGCCUGUCUUCGGCAAGGUGGUGACGCAAGGGACACGAGAGGCAGCAUUCGUCUACGCCAUCUCUUCGGCAGGAGUGGCCUUCGCCGUGACCCGUGCCUGCAGCAGUGGCGAGCUGGACAAGUGUGGAUGUGACCGCACAGUGCAGGGAGGCAGCCCACAGGGCUUCCAGUGGUCGGGCUGCUCCGAUAACAUCGCCUACGGUGUGGCCUUCUCGCAGUCCUUCGUCGACAUCCGUGAGAGAAGCAAAGGGGCCUCUUCCAACAGAGCAUUAAUGAACCUCCACAACAACGAGGCAGGGAGGAAGGCAAUCCUGAACAACAUGCGGGUGGAAUGUAAGUGUCAUGGUGUGUCAGGCUCAUGCGAGUUCAAGACGUGCUGGAAAGCCAUGCCCCCCUUCCGCAAAGUGGGCAACGUCCUGAAGGAGAAAUUCGACGGUGCCACAGAGGUCGAACAGAGCGAGAUUGGAUCCACCAAAGUGCUGGUGCCCAAAAACUCCCAGUUCAAGCCACAUACAGACGAGGACCUCGUCUACCUAGACUCCAGUCCUGACUUCUGUGACCAUGACCUCAAGAAUGGGGUCCUGGGCACCAGUGGGCGGCAGUGCAACAAGACCUCCAAGGCUAUCGAUGGCUGCGAGCUGAUGUGUUGCGGCCGUGGCUUUCACACGGACGAAGUGGAGGUUGUGGAAAGGUGCAGCUGCAAAUUCCACUGGUGCUGCUCCGUCAAGUGCAAACCCUGCCAUCGGGUGGUGGAGAUUCACACAUGCCGGUGACGCACGGGGGAGGGCACCUACCUUUAUCCUCUUUAACUGACCCUGCUUCUCCCUUGGCCCACAGCCAGGACUGAGGAAGUGACCCAGAUGUUGCAGGGAGAGCACAGCUCUUUACAGAGACAGAACCCCAGAGAAAAACAGAUUUUAAAGAAAAAAUAUUUAAAGUUUAAAAAAACCGAUCAUUGUUGGCUUUUUUUUAUUUUGUUUUGUCUGCUUUGCUGUAUGUAUUGCUGAAGCCAGAGCCCCUUGGUGUCCUGUGCUGGCAGACACGUUUGCUCUCUGGCUGUCUGGGGACCUGUGUCAGCAGCCAGCUCCUGUCGGAUGGGCUCCUGCUGCUUUUGGAGCGCUGCAGACAAGAAGUGUUUAAGGCAAGGGUAGUACAGCAUUUGAAAUCUUCUAGUCAUUUUUGUUUGUUUAAAGGGACAUGCUGAGCAUCCUGGAGCACCUGGCUAAGCCUCAGGAAAGGAAGGGCCAGCAUGUGCAGCCAGGUGCAUGGCAAGGGACAGGCAGGUGGUGACAGGGUGGCACUGUCCUCCACAUGCAGCCCAGCCAGGGUGAUCAGUUCAUGAGGGCAAUGUGAGACACACCUGCAUCCCCUUGUUGUGGGAUGCUUGAAGGCCUCCUGGGAAUGGAUGGAUUUUCGGACAGUUCCAGGGACUGCUCUGAUUUACAGAAGCUCCUCAGUAACUGCCUAGGGCUAUUGGAGGACAUGAUGGUCCCACCAUGCUCCUUUUCCCCAUCUAUUCUCCAGUACCUGGUUCCACUGGAGACAGUGAAGGGCAGUGAUACCUGCAAUCCACUGACAUUUAAUGGAGCUGAGAGCUGAUGGGAGAAAAACCAAGUUGAUUUCUUCUCCUCUGUCCCAUAAUUGCCCCCACCUCACAGGCAUCCCACAACAGGUCUCCCCUUUCUACUCCAUGUGCCUGUUCUCCUCACUCAGGAAGACACUGGGGGACAGUCCCUAUCCUGAUGAAUGCUGAAAAAAGUAAAAGUAUAAAGUGGAGCAACUGGGGGUGGAGGAAUGCUGGUGCUCUGCCACUAUUGCUGUGUCACCCUUAGGAGGCCACAAGAGAAGGACUCAGCCAGAGGAAUGCUGCCAUGUGUGCCCUGAAAUCACAGAGAUUUAGUGCAACAGGGCCCAGCUGUCCUGUCCUGCUCCCUAGGACACUGCCAUGAGGAUAAGGUGCUGUCCUGCCUGCUCUCGCUUCCCUCUGCCUAGGACUGGGUUAGUGCAGAGUCCUUGCUGUUGGGCUGCAGUAUGAAAUAUUUGGAGAGCUAAUAAGCAGAGGGGCACUAUGAGGGAAGGUGGAGAGUGAACCAGUUCCUCUCUCUCUCACACACUGGUCUAUGAGUCAAGAAGUAAAAGGGAAGCAGAGAAAAACCUCAAAAUGACACCUCAAGCCAACAGGUGAGGCUCAGCAUUGCUGAGCCCUCCUGUGUAGGAGGGAGCUCCCUGCAUGGUCCAGGAAAGCCCAGAGCUGUGGCCAUCACCCUCCCAGCUGAAGGAGGGGGUCUCUGCAAGACCUGCAGUCGUCUUGCUCUUCCUUGAGAGGGAAGAGGUUGAGGGAGUGCACAGGCAUAUGUGAAAUCCUAUCUGUGCCAUGGCAGCAAUGAGCUGGGGGAGAGCCUGUGGUCACUGGGAAGUCUCCAGACACCAUCUGCUGACAACUGACUUGAAACAGUGCAGGGUGAGGGAGGUUUGCAUUAGGGCAAAUCCCAGCACACCCCAGCUGCCUCUCUCCUGCCUGCUCAGCACCAGUUCCAAUAAACCUCCAGCAAAAUGUGCCAGAUGGUGGGGAGGGACACCCUAGGUGGGUCCUGAGGUGGAGCACUGUGGAUUGAUCUGUUUCAGUGCAAACCAGAUAUCUCCUCACCAGAGCAAGGUUUGCCUCUCUCAGUUGGCUCAGUUGGCCAAGGGUACAGCAUUAAAUCCCUGGGCAGGGGAGAGGAGAAUCUAAGAUUUGCCUCCCAUGGUUCCAUCUCAUCAGCUCCCCAAGGCUGCAAAUCCUCAAAAACCUUAGAGACAGUUCUUCCCUUUCCAGCUCAUGCAGAGGAGGUCACAGACCUCAGGCCAUUGGCCAAGUCUUCUUCUCCUUGUCCAUCUAGGAUGAGGGUGAAAGCUGAACAAGACAAUUCAAAUCAGCAUGGAGAUACUCUCUGCACAUGGGAUUUCUUCAGGCUGCAAUGAAAGCUAAGCCCUGCAAAUGCCACCCAGGGUUAGUUUGGCUCUGCAGCGCUCUGGUUCUUCUCAUAACUAAGUUUCAACACCACAGGGGGGUUUAGAAAUGCGUUUUCAUAUUUAUUUUGUCUAUUAAAUAAUAAGUUUGUGCUGAGCAAGCCAUGGGGUUUUCCUGUCCUGAAAUUGGCUUCACUGAGCUGUGUAAAACCAUACGGUGCUGCAGACACUUCAUGGUUGUUGGUCUCCUCCCAAGAGUCCUUAGCUGGCAAGACACAUGCCCACAUGGUGCCUCCUGACAAUGCAAAGAGAACACUAAAGCUCUCUUUGUCCCUCCUCCAGUCUCUCCUCAGGAGAUGCUGGUGUUUGGACCACAGACAGCAUCCCUGCUUUCCCAUCAGUGGAAGUACAGCUUGCUUCUGCCUUAACCACUUGACUCACCACUGGCUUAAGAGGCAACUUAUUUUAGAUCUCAGUAAGUGGAAAACCUCCUCCUGUGGAAAGGGCAUCAAUAUCCAUCUGCUUAGAACAGUGCUGCCCUGUCCUGCCCACAGUCAAGGAGCCACAGCUACCUUGUGUGCUGCUGGAAGCAUACUGCCAGUGGGCUCGAGGUGCAUUGGAGCUGGGAGGGAGCAAGAACUGCCCAUAGAUGCCAAGUCAGGGACCUGCUGCCUUUUGCCUCCAUCGCUGUGAUGCAAUUUGCUGGAUUUGGAGUGGAUGCAGUGCCUGGUACCCAGGUAUGCUCCAAGCUGCCCACAGAGUGUAUUUCACUUGUCCCUUGUCCUUCCUCCAAGCCAGAAGCAUUGGCUGCAUCCUUUUCACACAGUUCCCUACAGUCUGGAGCUUCUUGCUUCAGCAGGGGUUGCUGCUGGGUCCAGCUGUACACCCUGCCUCGUCUUCUUUCUUUAGCUGUAGCUCUCCAUUUGUGUGCUCUCAAAGCUCACCCUUUCAUAGGCUCAUUGUAAAACCAAUGUCUUCUCUCCCUUCGGCCUCUGUGGUGGCAGGGCUUGAGGGAUAUUUUUCAAGUUCAACUUGUUGCAGAAAGACCAUGGUAGGAUGGGAGAAAAUGAUGCCUGAGCUUCCAAAAAACCCUUACUUCCAACAGCUUCUCCCUUCCCCUGGUGGAUCCCACUCCUCCAGCACUUCUUUUUCCCACUCCAGCUUCAGCCUCAGGUAAGGAAUUGUCUCCAGUGAAAAAAAAAGAUGCCUCACUCUUCUCCUGAAACAAGGUGUAUGGAGACACUAGCUUCUCUGUGACCAUAGACAGAGCAAGAUAUCUAUGUUGUCCUCUUCCAAGGCCCUCUGCCUACUCCACCUGUCCCCUGCAUGCCACAUGCAUCAGACCACAUCACACUAUGCCUCUCCCCACCACUGCAUCCUGCCACGUGCUCAGCCUCAUUCCAGCCCCACAGGCCCAGCAGCAGAUCCUCAUCCUCAGUUCCCCAACACCUUCUCCUUAGUAAGCUCAUCCCUCCUCUGAGAACUCACAGGCUGACAUCUCCACCCAGCCUUUCCCCCUCAUAAACCUUUCUGGAUGUCCCACUGCCAAUUCGAGAUCAUCAUAGCAAAAAGUCCUCCAAGUCCUCUCCACCCUGCUCUGAAGGGUAAAUUCAUUACUUUUUUUCCCAUUCCCCAAACUCACAACUUUACCACCAUGAUCUGCUUCUUCUGUUUCCUUUGCCUUUUCUACUGGAAAAUCAGCCUAGGUGUCAGGUACCUUCAACCUCAGCUAUUUCAAACUCUGGGCUUCACAUUUCCCAACUCUCCAUCCCAGAUCCAGUCCAAGCCUGGCACAGCCAAGCACAUGUGCAGAGCUGGUAUUUUUCUCCAGCUGUUUUGACCACAUCACACUUAUGCCCUUUACUAGGCAAGGACACGUCCAUCACUGCCAACUAUCUCAUUCUCCCUCCCUGGGCAUGUUCAGCCUCACCCAAUGCUCCUUGCAAAGCAAUUAAAUCACCGUGGUUGACAUUAAUGAUACUGACGGAGCAUAAGUUAGCACUCACAUCUUUUCCCUCCCUCACACCAUCAGUGAACAUUAUGGCCAACCCCUUUGCAUAUUCCUUCGGCAAUGAGCACAGUAAUUCUGCAUCUCCUUCUCUCCCUUUAUCCACAUGACUUUACCAGCUGGCUGUAGGGAAGCAAGGUGAUGGAAACAGUAGGAAAGAAGUGUCUAGGACUACCAAAGAGAUACUUCAAGGACAGAAUGGUGUCUCACUGAAUGGGCAGGUAAAGAAGAGGAUCAGUCCUCCUUAGAAUUGCCACACCACACACAUCAUGCCACUUGGAAUUGGGCAUGACAGUCUUCAUGUCAGUCUGGCACAGAAGAACCCACACUGGGGUGACCAUCACUUCCACCUGCACUUGCUGAAGAUGUCAGUGGUGCCUUGGCCAUGCAGUGCGUUCUUCAGCAGCACUAGGCUGCAGCACAAGGCCAUGCUGAAGGACAGACACCCAGCAGAAGCAGAGCCUUUGACAGCAGCAUGAUACCGUGACAACAGGAGGGCACCCAGCCAGCGCUCCUCAGAGAGGCCUCCCAACCCUGACUGCCAAAAUCCUGCUUUAAGCACAGGAAAAUAAAUUGUGCAACCUACCUUGGACUGAGUUGUAACACUCAGUGUGGGUGGAGGGCAGAAAGGGGCAGGAGCUGGGCUGAGGAUUAGGCCCUGUAUCACAGCAUUUAGGCUGGAUCACACUAACACCUGGAGCUCGAGCAGCACCUGUACCGGGCUCUGCCCUUCUCAUCCCUCACAGGUAUGCCCAGGGUGUUUCUGCAGCCACCAAGCCAGCAAGCUCCUUACCAGGGAUCCAGAGAUGCAGCCACAUGCAAGUCCCAUCCUUGUGCCUGUGUUCAGUCCUCAGGAGCUAUGAUCUCUCCUAGACUGGCUUCCAGACCUGGCAACACAUUUCUUCUCCCAUCUCAGACCAUCAGUAUUUUCUCAAGUGCAUGUGCAAGGAGUGUUGCCUAGGUGAGCUCCAUACCACUGUGGAUCCCCAAACUGCUCUGGAAGUGCUUCAACGCUAGAUGUUUGGUCCAAAGGAGCUAAAUGAUCCACAAGGAUCCUCUCCUUCCAGCUCUUCAUCACCACAAAUGAAAGCACAAAUUGCAAGCCUUAAUUAGAGUCAUUUGCUCAGCAGUGCAAAAAAAUAACCCACCCCAAACCCCUCAGUGGCUGUUGAGCCUACUUGUCCCUCUUGGCUCUGGUCUAGGACAGUUGUUGCAUUAUCACAGCUUUGCUCCCAUAAUUUGCAUGGGCAGAUAGUGAUGGGACCAUGGGAAACUAUUUUAAGCUAAAAGAGGUGAGAUUAGAUUGGGUGUUAGGAAGAAAUUCUUCACCCAAGGGUUGUGAGGCUAUUACAGCAAGGCUUAAUAAGAAGAGGUGGGAAAAUGCAGUAGCCUGUCUCUUCAGGUAUCUCAGCUUCCUGAGCUGGGGGUAGCCAAACGCAGCCCACGAGAAAGUCUCACCACCACCUCAAGCCUUUUCCAAAGGAAGACUAUCAAGCAGGGUGGCAAAGCAGCCAACCAGCAGGUGCCCAUAGGUGAUCUCAUAGAGCUACAUAAAUCACUGCCAGAAUUAUGUACCUGCUGUUUGCUCACCAAGUCAGUGCACAAUGGACUGUGACUUCUUCCCAACAGCAUAAUCUGAGAAGCCAUCAGCUUCUCCAGCUCCCAUCCUUCGGUCUGCAAGAUCAUUUCAACUACCUUCAUGUACAUCAUUGUUUUGCUGGUUAAGAAACAAGAGAUGCACAACCCCACAACAUGCUAACGAACUGUCAGAAAAAUUGCUGUGGCCAGGAAAGGAUGUAGGAAGCAGAAGUGCUGCUGCAUCUUCCCUCAUAUCUACAGCUUCCACCAAAGACACCCAGAAGAGCAGCACCUGACAACAUCAAAUUUAUAGCCUCAAAGUCUGCACUUUUCUGAAGAAGAGGCAGAUGGUGUAUAGAAGUUUAUCAGCAAAUAGCUCAUGAACCCAAGAAUUAGAACUUUCAAAAGGGAGUUUUCAGGCUACUUCUGAAAAAAGACAGUCUAGGAAUCCUGUUGUACUGCAGCAUUUCUUGUUAAGCUACUGUCCAGGAAGUUGUUGCAGAAAAUUUAAAGUAGCAGGGUCAUAGAGGCCUUGGCUGUAAAACAAGAUGUACAAGAAUGACCACAGAAAUACAGAAUAUGUUCAGAACAGAGCAGAGGGUCUAGGCACUGUGGUUACUAUGUAGCUUAAUUUGAAGUGUGAAAAAACAUGGAAUUCUGGAGGAAAAAUAAAAAAGAACAUCAGUAUUCAUGCGGCAUCUGAGAAUUACCAGGGGUAACUGACCUUGCACAGACAACCUCCAUGAGGCCAAUACAAAGUGAUGGUCUGCCUGCAGCCACUUUCAAGGAUACCAUGAAGAUCACAGAAUCACAAUGUGGUUUGGGCAGGAAGGGACCUUAAAGCUCAUCCAGUUCCACCCCCUGCCAUGGGCAGGGACACCUUCCACUAGACCAAGUUGCUGCCAGCCCCAUCCAACCUGGCCUUGAACAUUUCCAGGGAUGGGGCAGCCACAGCUUCUCUGGACAACCUUGCAGAACGAUUACACUCUCAAGGGGUCUGGGACCACAAGGGAAGAGUGGGAUAGACCAGACCUCCAGGACGCUGUGAAGAAAAGUGAACUUUGAGAUGACCAUGGGAAAAGGCAGAACAACCAAAGUAAAGAAGCAGCAGUGGAAGCCCUGCAGAUAGCUCAUCUGAGACCUGACCUGGGGUGAGUACUCUGCUACCUGACCAGCUGAAAAAUAUUCCAUUUAAUUUCCAUCAAGAAACCUAGCAUAUGUGGGGAGGGCCUCAGAGCUGAGUUAGAUGCAAAUUAAAUCAGUCCUUUGUGACAUUUUUUAUCAAUAAAGUCACUUCAUCAUCUCAAUUUUCCAUGUGACAUAGCUAGGAAAUGUCAGGCUGAUAAGAAAUGUCACUGGGGUUAUGGUGAAUUUGGAGCCUCUGCUCUGGGGAGCCUGCAGGUUCAGGAAGUCAAGGCAUCAAUUACUCAUUGGCCUUAGAUUUUUUCUUUCACCUUCUCUUGGUUAGAGAAGCUGGUGUCUGUCACUGUACCUGUAAACCUCACAAAGUUUGGAACACAGUCCUGGUCUCCUUGGUGAGUGCCAAAGUGCAAAUUCAUAAGUGCCACGAUAAGAAAAGGCACUUAUGGAAUGGGAAAGCAUCUUCCAACAUCAUGGCUGUGAGCUGCAAUCCAAGAGUUUUGUCAGAUGAAGAUGCUGGAGGCAACAACAUACCAUUUAGGGGAGCAGAGGUGAGGAUGAAGAUGUGGCUGAGGAGGCUAACAGAGAUUUCAGAGCUGUCCAGGCAGAAGGCUCCAGGCAGAGGCAGUGGUGGAGGUGUUGCAACUUCCCCAAGCACUCUCUGAGUUUCUCACCCAGCAUGAGCUGGAAACGUCCCAGAACCAAGCAAACAGCCUGGAAAAAGUUGAUCUCUGGGCUAGUGGGGAUGCCUGAAGAGCAGGUGAAGACAAGGUUGUAAAAGCCAAUUAAGAGUGAAGGCAGCGGGAUACAUCUAUUUUAAAUCUUCCUGCAUGGCUCUGCCACAGUUUAAGAGCAGCCCUUUGGAAGUGCCCAAGCUCUCCUAGCAGAGCACUUUCCCAGCUGCAUCCCAUGCAUCUUCCCGUGGUGUCAACAUUCUCUUGCCCACAUGCUUCCCUAUGAAGAAAACCUCCUCAUACUAUGGAGGCAAGAGCAGAACCACCUGGUUGGGCAGAUGGAAAACAGUUGUUUCAGCACUCCUGAAGAAGUGCUCAGCCCACCAGAGAUUUGAGGGAAACCCAAUUCUGCCAUGGGGCUGAGCACUCACAGCACACUGAGGAGGAAGCAAAGGAUGCAGCACUCAGUCAGGAACGGCCCUGGGUGUUCCACAGGUCAUCUGAGAACAAGGGCUGUUCAGGGACGUUCUGAACACAGUAACAGACUCUGCACAUGUUUUUCAAGCCAAACCCAGUUCAGGAGGGUCUGUUCCGCACCCUGAUACAGCACAGACCCUGAGCUUAACUCUAAAAGUAUAAUAAAAAGCCCCUCUAACAGACAAAUUCACAAUGGUCCUAAUGAUCCCAACCCCUUUUUUUCCUUCGCAGUAACCAAUGGGAAAGCCACCUCAAGCUGGUUUUGCCGCAUCCUAUUUCUGUCUCCAUCUCUCAUUUCCUUCUAUCCAGUAUUACCUUCCAAAUUCCUAUUCUGAUCCUUGGAUAAUUCAAGCAUAUUGCAUUGCUGUACAAACUGUGUUAUUUUAUCCCUUUCACCUGCCACUUCUCUUUUAGAUAAACACUCAUAACUCCCAACAUAUCACUUUAACUCUUUGACUGUCACUAGAAAUUGAACCAGCUGAGACUUUCACAGGGGAAAUUCUUUCUUCUCCUUUUCUUCUCUGUUUUGUGUGUUAAGCCAAGCCAAAUCUUACUUGCCUUAGCAGUGUCUUCAGAUAAUUUUACUUAAACUCUGCCUAAUAGUUUACCAACUUCUGGCCCUAUUGCAUCUGUCUAGGCCUCACUUGUGGUAAAGCUGUCUUAAUCACAGCUUCUUGUUGAGACCUACUUGUUUCUUGUUCCAGCCAUCACCUCUCAGGAUGUGAAGGCACUGAGCUGUGCACAGGAUAUGAGAUUCAGAUAUAUGCACACCCCCAGUAUAUCUCAAACCAGUUUGCUAUCCCAAUGCAGUGAGCAUGGACAGCACCAUGGGCAGGAGCUGAGCAAAACACUCCCAAAUUAGAAGCAUUUUCCUGAUGCUCCUCCCACACCACUGCCAUCACCCAAAGUCCAGGCCUGCUUCAUCCUUGCUGUUGGAUCUGAGAUCAAAGAUGCUCCAGCAUCACAUCUUGCAAAUCAGCAGAGUUCAGGCAAGCCACCAACAAGCCAUGGUGAAGCUGGAGAAUAACAAACACAGCAAGCAAAGGGAAAAAAUUGCAAGCUACAGUUCCCCUACAAACAAAAAACAGGAGCACUUCACUCCUCAUCCUGACAUCCAUCACCCUGUUCAGUUUCUUGGGCUUAGUUGGGCCUGCACUCCUCAGGACCUAGAUCCACCUCCUGUAACCAUGGGAUCAGCUAAAUCAUCUCAAAUCCUUCAAAACAUCUAAUCCACUCUGUCUCCCCAACCUUAAUCUGUUUUGUUUCCCCCAACUUCCUUCAGGACAUAGGAUCAAAGGGGGUUUUUGUUUGACUUUGCUAAAGCAGGGUUUUGCUUUUGCCUGCAAAACAUCCUGCUGCAUAUCCUACUUUGACCAAGUGCUCCUCACUGCUUGGCCACCACAGCCAGCAGCCUGGUCCUCUGCCUCCCAUGCACUACUACCAUGUCCUCAGUUUGGAUGCCAUCCCAGUCCCAAGGGGCUACAGAAACAUGUCAUGUACAAGGCACGUGGGGUGGUGAGGAGAGAAGAGACUUGAGCACAACUUUUCUGCUCUCAUGAGAAGACAUCUCCUGACAUCUAUCAGUGGAUGCUGUUACCUUCUUCCAGGGCUACCGUCACCCAUCUUUAGUCACCAUUUCGAGGAAAAGGACCACAGCAUGAAGGUCUUAGGAGGUCCCACACUAACCAUGGACCUUCUGGCCUGAGCACUCUGCCAUGAAGCGCACAUAUUUGCAUCACCUUCUCACCAGCACCACUCCAAACCAGAUCUCAGGGUCUAACAGUAGGACCAGAUGGACUACAGCUGUGCCAUGAGGGAUGGCUGUUUGGAAACAGCUCACAAAUCAGGGGGGAUCCCACAGCGCUCUGAAAACUGCUGCUGGCUGCUUUGCCAUGAGCCUUAAAAGGCUGCUGGGAGGUGCCUGGGUUAACAGGGCUGCUCCACUGAGAUCCUCUGGCUCAGCCAGGGUCACUCAUGAUCUGUGCCACAAUGCCUCUCUGAGUCAUCUGUUUCCUUCCAGUCACUGAAAAUGGCCUCAAAGUUUUUACAGAUGGUGUUUAAUCCCCAUUUGGACAAUAGGUGUUUGGACUUUUAAAGGACAAUUACUGAAGGAAAGCAGGGGCAGGGAGAGAAGGGUGGGAAAGGACACAGGCGGGAUGACAGGAUGCAGGCCAGCAGGGCAGCAAGCCAGGCAGGGCUAAACAUCCAGGAGGGAUGGAGCCACAGGACAGGCAUCCUGGUUUAGCCCACAGAGGCUCAAAAGCAACAGUCAAUGCUAAAUCUCAGAGGCAUGAGGACCAAGGGACCAUGCCCACCCCAGAGACCUGAGUCUGCCUGGGGUUUUCAGUCCUUUACCUGGCACAGAGCCCUCUCCCCACACACUGCCCUGGGGUCAGCAUGCCUUGGCUCAGCAGCAUGGCUGCAUGAAAGAUGGUGGUAGGGUUGGUGGCCUCUUCCGAAGGCCAGGAUAGCACCUGGUAGCACCUCCUCCUGCCCUAGAUCCCACCCAGCUCUGGGAAAGGACAUCCCCUCUCACCUGGAUGGACAGCUGAUGCUGCAGGAAACAGUGGUGAAGCUGACCUGCUCAAAGGGGGAUGGUGGCGUGUCGAGCCUGCAAAGGUAAAUGUUCAGCAGCCCACAACCAGCAUCCAGCGUUUGGAUGCUAGCAUGUCUGGAGGUCCCAGAAACGCUAUGUACAACACACAGGGUGGUGCUUUCAAGGCCUCUCCACUCCUCCUUGCCCUCAUCUCAGCUGUGCUCAUAUUAAGGUGAGGGCAAGGAGGAGUGGAGUGAACUCUACCACCACCCUAGCACUGAAGCUAUGGUAGGGACCAGGUACAGUGGAAGGACAGGAAUGGAGGGGGUCAGCUCAUGCUUGAGCAAGGGAGAAGCCCUUCUGUGGGGCAAAAUCCUCCACUCCAACCAGUGUGAGCACUGUGGAACUUAAAAACAACCGUGAGAGCAAACCUGGGUGAGCCAAUGCAGGAAGAACCAGCAGGGCUUAGCAUGGGGAUUUGGGGCUGGGAAAGCCUCUUGCCCACCAGUUCUCCUCUCCAUCCUAGAAGAGAUGAUGUGCAGUAGGGAAGGGGGUUGCUCUCUCUCCACCAUAAACAGAGCAUCACAUCUCCAUACUGAGGCUCCUGAGAAACAGGGUCACAGCCAAAACACCUCCACUCCCUGCAGAUUCACUGGGGCUCGUGUAGCCAGGAGAGAUGAGAUACCAAAGUCCUGAGAAUGCUGAGCAAAACAGCAUGGGGCCAGCCUUCCUCCCCAGCCAUGCUUGCUGUCCCUAUCAUCCAUCUGUCUGACACAGCCCCACACUUCUGAACCAAUUAGCAGCUGAAUUGAAUUAAUUCCUAGCAUGCUGGGUCCAACACAAACAGCACAGGCUGGCCCAUGCCCCACACCUCCAUGAAUUUUGGAGGGCCUGGGUGUGCCUGCCAAGAGCAACACAAAUAACCCACUGCUUCUCCAGGUUAAGAAGCGGCCCUGGAGGACUGGAGCAUGAUGGCUGAGGCUGAACUCUGCUGCCGGCUUCUACGCCCACAGAAAAGCAGCCUCUGUUAACCGGUGGGUCAGGAGGGAGGCAAGUACAAGGGUCCAUGUAUGCCGUGCCUGUCCCAGGGGCCUGGGGAAGAGGCGUGAGGGUGGGGGGCAGGCAGCAAGGGAACCCCGAGCCAGGGCACGGGGGUAGUUCAUAGAGAAGGUACUUGCAAACGGCACCUGCAGGGUGUUUAUCAGCCUGCCAAGGUUCCAGCAGCUGAAAUAACAACUUGGGGAAAGGGGGAAAACACUGCUGGGCCCCCUUGCCCGAGCCAUUCUUGGCUAGGCUUGCUGGGAUGCAGGCCAGUGGGUCACCACAAAGAUCAAGGCAUCCCCUCUGGAGCCAGGGAUGUUCCUGGGCUUGGUGACAGUCCCUGGUAGGGUUUUGGGACUACUCAGCCAAGACCUCCUGCUCAUGUUAGAAUCACUCAAUGCAGCAGCACAAGCAGGGUGGACAGGCUUUUCUGAGGCACAUCAUGAUUUUGGAUGAAACAGGUUAAAACCAGGCCCCUCCUCUCCAGGGACAUCAUGUGACAACGAAGGGACUCAGGCUGCUCUCCAGGAGACUGACAGCUGAGGACAGGAGGCACAAUGGCAGCAAACCCUGCCCCUUGGCAUGCCAGCCUGCAUCAGGCCAGCUCUGCUUGGAGCCAUUUGGCACCAGGCACUGUGCAGCUGCUGCCAGGCCAAGAUGCCAGUCAUGCAUCCCCAGCAGGUCAGAGCUGCCUGUCUGAUCAAGUGUGUUGAGACAGCCACACGGUAGCAGCCGGCACACACCAGAGCUGGCACACCAGGAGAUAUGUUGGGAGCAGUGUGGGAGAGAAGUCAGUGGGCUUAUGGUGAUGCUGAGAACUGCGUCUUGCCUGCGAUCAGCAGGCACUGGGGAUCCCAGAUGGCAUCAGAGAAGCUGUAAUCCCAGUGUGCCAUCCUCCUCACCUUUCACUAUAUUGGAGCUGUACUUAGCCUACCCAGCAUCCAUGGCAGGACAUGGCCAGGAUCAUGCUGCAGUCAUCUGCUGGAGGAGAGAUGAGAGCUAUGUCAUCAAGGAGCAUCCUCCAAUUCACAUUUCCCAUGUAUGGCCAGGGACAAGCCUCUCCUUCGGUGGGGUCCCUUCAAAUACACUUGGACAGGCAGGGGCUUGCUGCCCAUCCUCCCCAUACUCCCCAACCAGCUCCAUGACCAAACAAUGGAGUAAUCAUGACACCCUGAAGAGCUGGGUUUAGACAGCCCAUGUGGACACUCUGCUGCUGUGUCACAGGGUCACAGUGCACACACAAGCCCUUGGCCCACAUACACUCAGUUCUCUGCCACGAGCCAGGGUCUGUCCAGCCCCUCUUGCAGCACAUGGCCAGGAAUUCACUCCAGUGUCCAGGCUCAGGAGACAUUUCCACCCACACAGUAAAAUCACAGCUGCUGCCCCAAGGGGGUAAUGGAGAGGUCCAAAGUUAAGCUGUUAAGCUCCCGUCUGUGUGGAGCCUUAAAGCUGUCGUGUCAUCCUGGCGAGGAAUCCCCAUGCUGGAGCACCUGGUGGCAUUCAACAAACUGUGCCUCAGUGCAAGCAUCCCAAGGACUAGGGGUUCUAGCACCAGAAGGGCCCAAAGGCUGCCAGCAGGCAGAAAGCAGCCCCUUUACCACCCCCGCCUAGCCCUUGGGCUCACUCCUAUUGUGCCUGUGGGUACCCAGAAGCUUCCAGCCCCAUAACGCAUCUGCAAAGACACAGAAGAGGAAAAUGUGAGGCAACCAGGGCAUAAGCUGGCAGAUGGAUCAGGGUUUGGAGGUUUGACAGUGGGAGAACCAGACCACUAUACCUGGCAGGACCAAGCUCUUCCUGAGCAUUUACCCAAGGCAUAUGGGCUGGGAAGAAGAGCCGAAAAGAGGAUCUGGAAAAUGAGGCCUGCCAGCCUGACCGCGGAGCAAAUCAUCUUGAGUGCUAUCACACAGCACAUACAGGACAGCCAAGGGAUCAGACCCAGCUAGCAGGGGUUUAGGAAGGGCAGGUCCUGCUUAACCAACCCUUCCUCUUUUUAUGACCAGGUGACUCACCUAGGGAAUGAGGGGAAGGCUGUAGAGGUCUACCUGGACUUCAGCAAAGCCUUUGACAUGGUCUCCUAUGGCAUACUCAUACAUAUGGGAAAGCUGGCAGCCCACAGCUUGGACAGGUACAUCUUCACUAGGGGAAGGUGAACUGGCUGACAGCCAGGCCCAGAGAGUGGUGGGGAAUGGUGCUUCAUCCAGUCGGUGGCCAAUCACUAAUGGUGCCCCCCAGGGAUCAGUGGUGGGCCCAGCCCUGUUUAAUAUAUUUACUGAUGAUCUGAAUGAGGUGAUCAAGUGUACCCUCAGUAAAUUCAUGGACAACACCAAGUUAGGUCAGAGUGUUUAUCUACUGGAAGGUAGGAAGGCCCUGUAGAGGGACCUGGACAUGCUGGAUAAAUGGGCUGAAAUCACUGGCAUGAGGCCAAGUGCUGAGUCCUGCUCCUUGGCCACAAUAACCACAUGCAGCACUACAGGCUGGGGCAGAGUGGCUGGAAAGUGGCCCAGUGGAAUAGGACAUGGGGGUGCUGGUCAGCAGCAGCUGAACGUUGAGUCAGCAUGUGCCCAAGAAAGCCAAGGUGGCCAAGAAAGCCAAUGACAUCCUGGACUGUAGCAGGAAUAGUGUGGCCAGGAGGAGCAGGGAAGUGAUUCUCCCCCUGUACUGGGUACUGGGAAGCCAAACCUCAAGUGUUGUGUCCAGUUCUGAGUACCUCAAUUCAGAAAGGACAUUGAGGGGCUGGAGCAGAGAAGAGGAGCAAAGCUGGUGAAGGGUCUAGAGCACAGGUCCUGUGAGGAGCAGCUGAGGGAUCUGGCGGGGCUCAAUCUGGAGAAAAGGAGGCUCAGAGGGGACCUUGCUCUCUACAACUCCCUGACAGGAAGGUGUAGCCAGAUGGGGGGUCAGGCUCUGCUCCCAGGCAACCAGCCCAGGAAGGUGGUAGAGUCACUGUCCCUGGAGAUGUUUACGGCACUAAGUGCCAUGGUCCAGUUGACAUGGUGUUCAUAGGUUGGACUCAAUGAUCUCAGAGGUCUUUCUAACUGAUUCUGUGAUUCUGUGGUUCAGUGUCUUCUCAGUGUAUUCCAGUGUGCCCAAUUGCUGCUGCCAUAUCCCCAGGGUCUUUUCCUCAGCAGGGUGGACAAGAGAAUGAAGGAAGCCAUAUGUACAAAACAUGGACGGAGAUUGUGUAUACAAAUGCCACAGCAGUGGCAGCUUAUUUUGGGAAUGUUGUGUAGGCAGCUGAACUCCUAGGACAUCUACCCUUCAGAUUCUCACCCUUCCCAUGCAAGGCCCUCAAAGACAAGGAAAGAGCCAGGGACGCAGAGGAAUAAACCUCCGAAAGCCAUGACUGAACAGAGUCUGCUCCAAACUCCAGGCCAGCUGGAAAUGACCCAGCACACCAUGGCAGCAGCAGUGCCACAGAGCAGACUAACCCAGCAUUGCCACAGUUGCAGACAGAAUGAUUUCCUUGGAAUUACGGCCUUACUGCAACCACUGCUCAGGCUGGUGAGAGCUUAGAAAAAACAAUGUUUCCGUUUUGUUUUGGUUCCCCAGAUGCCAGCUCCUCCCCAAAAUAGAGGAGAACCUCCCAGCCAGAGAUGCCAAUAUAGGGCCAACCAGCCAGCUGGGUGUCAACAUCUGGUGUUGGUUCUGUUGGGAGUGUCUGGUCCUUCAAGCUUUGACAGCACCUGUAGUGACCAAAAUGAUCCUUGUUGUCACUGCAGUGACAUCAGGACAGAUUCCUUCUGCCCAUGCUCGUGCCUUCCAACCAGCCCUCAGGAAGGAAGCAUGCAAGGAGCCAGAGCUGGCAAGCUCACCAAGCAGAUUCAGGGGCUUUUUGGAUGGGACAGUGUCAAAAGGUUGACAGAGCCAGUUGCAUAGUAGAGCUCUGGUUCCCUGAGCUGUUCCCAGGAAUGAAAAUACAACACAGACAUUCCCAAAUCAGCACCCUGGUCCCAAGACAUGCCCAUGGGUCACUGGAGUCAGCAGUAGCUCCUCCAGUGUCACUUGCUUUCAUGUUCCCCCUUUAUUCAUCCUCAUUUUCCAAGACUUCAGGACCCAGUGUUGGUCUUUGGAUACAUGCAUCACAGAUGCAAAGCUCCAGAAUUGCUUAGGCACCCAGGAGGGAGCCUAGAUCCCCCCAGCUUUCUUGGUGUGCCUUGGGGGUUGGUGCUGACAGACAAAGGGGUGUGGCAAUUAACAUACAGCACAUGGAGUCUCCCCUACAGCUCCAGCUGUGGCAGGACCUGCAGGGUGCACUAUGCUUUCCAGCACUUCCUGGAUUGCUUUUCCAGCAGCUCCUAACUCCACCCAAGACAGUAAUAAAAGGCAUCUGGCACAUUGUCCUGGUUUAACCCCAGCCAGCAGCCAAACCCCUUGCAGCCACUCGCUCACUCCCCCAGCAGUGGUAUCAGAGAGAGAAUUUGAAGGGUAAAAGCUGGAGAACUCAUGGGUUGAGAUAAAGACAGCUCAAUAGGGAAACCAAAAGCCAGCACACAAAGAAAAGGAAUAACAUGGCUAUAGCUCAGAGGCUUCAUCACCCGUACACAAAUAGAUGUCCCUACUCAGAAGCAAGGGACAGGCAAGAAAUGGACUGGAAAUCUGGCUUCACUCAUGACACCUAUGGAGAGCACACCUGAAAUAAAACCAGGGCACUGGGACUGAGCUGUGAUUCUACCAGGCAAGGCAAAGGUGGGAGUCAGACUUACCUCCACCUGCAAACAACCACCACCUUGGCAUCACUGCAUCAGCAAUGAACCUCUAAGUACACAAACAAAUCCUUCCACAGAUUUAAAGGUGGGAAAGGGCACUGGACAUCAUGUUGGCUGUAAUGGCAUCGUAGUUGGCUCAAAAUGUUUUCAGCAGCUGCCAUCACCCUAGAAUUCCCCUCAACAGAGAUGGUCAGUGCUCCAUCCCCUUCCAACCCUAAAACUCUGCCUUAGAGGCAGUAUCCUCAGUCUCUGUGCUUCAGGAAGGGAGGCCACAGCCUCGGCUAACUCUCAGUAACACAGCAGUGGUGUCUGCCAUUUCUUGCUCCCUUCAUCAGGAUGGCCCCCCACAGGACAGGAGCAGCAGGGGGAGCAAGCAGCACCCUCAGCUCACAGUGUGUUGUGACAAGUUUUAAAUAUCACAAAAGUAAAUUGCACCUUCUGCAGAUCUGGAGCCCCCUAUGCAAACUUGGUUAUCUUUACAACCAAAGCUGCAAUCUUCCUGAGAAUGAAAUCAGGUCUGUUAGACCAGGACUAUUGUUUUCUAACCUAAACUGCUGUAGGUCACAGGAGGGGAGAGGAGGCAGAGAUCCAUGAUCAUCCAUUGUCUGGGUGGGCUUGUUAGAAACAGUUUGACAGAUUAACCCAUGUUGGAGCCAGGCUGAAGCCAAGGCAGGAUGAAACUAGAGGGGAGCAGAGUAAGAGGAAGACAGUUGAAGGAAGGGAGACUGAGCCAGGAAUCAAACUGCAGAGGCAGAGCCUGCACCAUGCAGUGGGCAGGGACCCCAGGAAGGACCAGGGAAAAUGGCUUUAAACGGAAAGACAGAAGGUUUAGAUGAGGCAUUAGUGAGAAAUUCUUCCCCAUGAGGGUGGUGAGGCCCUGCCACAGGUUGCCCAGAGAAGCUGUGGCUGUCCCUGAAAAUGCUCAGGGCCAGGCUGGAUGGGGAUUGGAGCAACCUGGUCUAGUGGAAGGUGUCCCUGCCCAUGGCAGGGGAAUGGAACAAGAUGAGGUUUAAGGCCCCUUCCAGUCCAAAUUAGGAUUACUGUGAAAAAGCAGAUGCCCAUAGCACUAUGUGAAGGCUUUUCUGCAUCCACUGCCAAGUUCAUCACCGAAGGGUGGCACAAGUACUAUACGCACUCCACAGGUCCCACUAGCAUUGUGGACACACCACAUGGCCCAGACCCUUGUCUUUCCUACCAGGGUUACAAAUGUAUCUGAACAUACACCUCAGUCAGACCACAUCAUCCCAGGCAAAUUAUGCCCUAUUCUACCUUCAUACAGGACUAAGGAACAGGACAGGCUUGAUCAGGGCAUGAGGUCAAAGCUCACAUGUCUAAAGGCCCGUCAAGCAACAUAAUCCCAUCUUCAAAGUAAUACUGCUGUCUAAUCAUGGGAGCUGAGCUCCAGCCAGACACCACAGCCAGGUUUUCAAAGGUAUUUCAGUUCUUCAUCAUACAGAUUAAAGUCUGGAGGGAUUUUCAGAGGCACCUUAGUACAUGCAUCCAUCACGUUCCUGAAUUAUUCAGGCAUCUCAAAAGUCUCCUGCUCUGCUGCAGCAACAGCCAUGUCCCCAUGUUCCCUGGCCAGUAUCUGUAACUGGUAGCAGCUCUUCCAUGUCCCAUAAAACCUUGGUAGACUCCAGCUUCAUCACUCUCAGCAGACAGAACACACUCCCACUCUUUCGCUGAACCACAAAGGAAAAGCCCCAGCCUGGAAACUCAAGUGGCGCCUUCCGUUCAUGCUAGAAAGGCAAAGGGCCCAGGAGCCAAAGAUGAGGAGAGGAACUGGUCUGCUGGCAGUGUACUCCCUCAGACAGGUUUGUCCUGUCCAACUUAUAGCAGUUUCUUUGACCAAAGAGGCCAAAACACCCCAGGUUCACCAGUGCUAAAGACAACAGGGGACAGCACUGAAGAGACAUCUAAAGAGACUGGGUGUCUGGGAAGCAUUCUACCCACCCCGGACGAUGGAACACCCUAAGCAGGAAGGCAUCCACAAGGAUCAUCGAGUUCAGCCCCUGAGUCUGCACAGGACAUCUCCAACAAUCCCACCCGGUGCCUGAAAGCACUGUUCAAAAACUCCUGGAGCUCUGGCAGCCUUGGGGCUAUGACCAUUCCCUAGCAAACCUCUUCAGUGCCUCACUGCCCUCUGGGAGAAGAACAUCCAGCCUUAAGCUCCCCUGACAGAGCUUCAUGUCAUUCCCUCAGAACGUGUCACUGGUCACCAGAGAACAGAAAUCAGCCCUUGCCCCUCCACUGCCCCUUGUGAGGAAGCUGUGGACUGCAAUAAGGUCUCAGAUCGGGGUACCCGAGGGGGACUGUGCCCUAAAGCACUCAACAGGGACACAGUGUCAGGGCAGACACUGAUGAUAUGCUUGCUUAGCAGCCAGGGAGACUCAAGGAAACCCAAACUGCUCAGGAUAGUCAGUGGAACAAACUAUCCCACUAAACCCCCAAGCCUCUGUCCUCUUCCUCCUGGUCCUCUGUUAACCAGGCUGGGUUCAUCCGGAGGAAGCCAAAACCAACACCAGCAGCAAUGGGAGCACAGCUGAAUGUGGCUUGCUCAGCCGAUGCUGCAGCUCUGGCACAGCUGUAAACAGCUCAGCAGUUAGUGCACGCCCAGUAUUGAUGUUACACAAAGGAGCUGGAAAUGUAAAUGACUACACUGGACUCACAGCCGGGGGCUGCUGGUGCAGAUGGCACCAGCAAAAAGAAAUCCAACUCCUCUUGGCACUGGAGCCAAGGACCAGGCUGGCCAGGAAUGAGCAAAGGCUUUACAUGUUUGCCAUCUAGUGGGCUGGGAACAAGCUGACAUGGGCUGUCCUGAGACAGCCGGAACUCACCUCUGCCUGAGGCACAGCGAUGUCAGCCCCCUGAUGCUCUGCAGUGCAGGCAAAUCAGUGAGGUGGACCAGCACCUUGCAAAGCAUCCUGCCAAUGAGAGCCCAGCUCUGGGAGAACAUGGCUGGGGACAACAUCCAUCAGGGCAAGGGGGCUGUGCUUAUGUGGUGAGAGCCAAAAAUCCAGCCCAGGCACCCAACACCACAAGCGGGGUGGGAGUGGGAUCUGCUGGAGGGCAGGAAGGCUCUGCAGAGCUAUCAGGACAGGCUGGAUUGAUGGGCUAAGGCCAACUGCACAAGGCCAAGUGCCAGGUCCUGAACUCGGGUCACACCAAACCCAGGCAGUGCUCCAGGCAGCAGAAAAGUCUGGAAAGCUGCUGGGCAGAAAAGGACCUGGGGGUGCUGAACAUGAGCCAGUGUGUGCCCAGGUGGGCAAGAGACCGAUGGCAAAGCAGGACCAGGGCAGUGAUUGUUCCUCUGUGCUGGGCUCUGGUGAGGCCCCGCCUCAAAUCCUGAGGUCAGUUCUGGGCUCCUCAUGACAGGGAAGACCCUGAGGGACUGGAGCAUGUCCAGAGAAGGGAAUGGAGCUGGGAAAGGGUCUGGGACACCAGGAGCAGCUGAGGGAGCUGGGGGGUCUCAGCCUGUAGAAAAGGAGCUCAGGGGUGGCACAGUCAUCCUGCAUGUGACAGGAAAUGGAAAACUACCAACUCAAAUGCUGGAUUUGAUACCAGGUAAAGCCCCAUAACCAGAGAUGGGGACCCCAUGAUGAGGUUGUCUGCACAGGCCCCAGAGACGCACGUGCUGAGCAGCAGUGAGAAAUUCCAGAUUAUUUCCUGCAGCCAACUCCAUCUCCACCUGUUUGCCCACUGCACAGAAGUGACAAAUUCCCUUGUUAUCCAAACACAUCCCAAAUCAGUGAUCAGCAAAAUCAAUCAAUGAAAGAAGAAGACGCUGUGCAAAACAUUUUCAGGUUUACUUUAAGCAGGCUUUAGCUAUCAGACAGCACCUUUUUUUUUGCCCUUGUUUGUCAUAGGAGACUUAUUUUUCUUGAGUUUUCCCUUUUUCUUUUCAUUAUUUCAAACGAAAGUAAAAAAGGCCUGCAGCCUCAUAGCAUCCCUGGAGCUUGGGUACUACCACCAGAAUCUGUGCAGAAGCCCAGAUUUAUCUGCCUGAGGCAAAACAUACAGCCAGCCAGCCUCACUAGGGCUUGGUGGGCUCAUUUCUUUGUCCUGAAAUCCAAAAAAAAAACACCCCAGCCCUGCAAAUACCAUGCCUGUACCAAUACCUACCUGGUUUACUGCUGGAGCUCUGCUCUUGGUGUAGAAGAGCUGGGAAAGGCAGCUUCAUGGAAAAGGCUUUUUCCUUGUGCUUCAGAGGCAGAUCCCUGGAAAGCUGCAAGUUACUGGUGCACACUUCUGUGAGUUGAGCUGAACAGAGGCAACACAGACUGUCCCACCCACAGUAAACCCGGACAGGGAGUAAAGGGUCCCAUGUCAUACCAGUUGGGCUCACAAAUCUCUGAUUCGCUCUAUAGGAGCCACUGAGCUCCAGUUACUGCCACAUAGCAAUCCUGGAAAACUGAGCAGAGCUUAUCUUCCACCAGGAUCCAACCUCAGACAGUCAUGGCUGAAUCAACAUUCAUUACCUCACCCUUUGCUGGCUCAAGAGACUCCAGCUCUGAAGUAGAGGUAAAUGCCUCCAGGGAUCUGGACAAGAUGUGGCUGCCCCAUUCCUGGAAGUGUUCAAGGCCAGGUUGGACAGGAAAAACCUGGUCUAGUGGAAGGUAUUCCUAUCCCUGGCAGAGAAUUGGAACUAAAUUAUCUUUAAGGUUUCUUCAAACCCAGACAAUUUUAGGGUUCUAUGAUCUGCCAUAACAACCCCCUCAGUUCCUGAGUAUCCCCUGACAUGAACAGUGACUUCACCAGCCACCUACAUAUCCCAGCACUGUCACCACCAGCAAUGUGCCAGGGAUGCUGUGCUCCAGAGUGGGCUGCCAAUGUCUCUCAAAGCCCCAUGUUGAAUAAAAGUAGAGAAUAACUACACAACCCCAUCACAGCCCAUCACCCUACUCUCCUACCUGUGCCUGCUCUGCUUUCCAGAAAACAAAGUGGCUUUUCCUCUGCAGCAGAACCACUCAGACAUGGCCAGAUCUCAGAGCUCACCAGGCUCACAGGAACCAAGCCUUUUGGCUGCCAGGAUGAUGCCUCAGCAGUUUCUCAAAGUGAUGCCCAGUUCAGACUCCCCACAAGAGAAGGGAAGAAGCUAGAGCAGGUUUCCAGCACAAGCCUUUUUCAUGCUCUAAGUUCCCACAUAUAUCCAAGCAUCUUCCAUAGACUCAGCACAGUCCUGCACCUCCGCAGCACACACAGGCUGGAAGGAAGAAGUUGAUUGUAUUGCCAGGCCAUGGCCAAGGGAGGUGAAACACUCCUUGAGGUCCAAAGCAGUCACUUACCUUGCCUGGAAGACAUCAGGUCUCAACUCUUGCAAGCUUCCAAUCAUUUGAGUUUUGCCCCCACUAGCCUCAGCUGCAUUUAAAAGGAAUUUCUUCUUACCCUAUGCUGUCCCUGGGAUAUAAGGAAGGUCCACAGCCCAGAAUGGCACAAGCAGGUGACAGACAGCCAACAACUCAGGAGCCAUCAAGGAGGAGCCCACUCCGCUACGAGCUCGGGGAAGUGCGCAGCAUUGUGCUAGCAUCUCCAGCUCCCCUUGGAUAGCCAACAGUGAAAGGCAGGAGGGAGGAGAUUUGGAAAACACAUGAUCCAAGCCAAGACUAGUUGCAGAUCAGGAGCACGGGGCUUUUUGAUGGUUCCCACCUGAUGGGAAGAACAUCAUCAAACCAGCAGAAAACUGUGAAGGAGGGGGCAAGAUACCCAUGGGCUUCACUGCUGCCAGCAUCUGGCAAGGGAACCUCUGUUCCAAUCUGAUCCUCCCAAAACAUUCUGGAAGAGCCAAGAGGGUCUGUUUCUCCUGGGGUAAGCUCCCUCCAGCUGUAACUAUGUCGUUGGGAGGACAGGGAUGUUGUCACAGCUGUGCAUAGGACAGCGGCCUAGACUUAGCUCCUAUACUACAUUCAAGGAAGACGUAUGCAGCACUCUGCUUCCGACACCCCCAUCCUUCCAGAGCUGGGUGUUGGAUUAAGUAACCAACACUUCCCCUCUGUGGAAAGAAAUCCUCUCUCCUCCCCAUGCAAUUACAGGUAGACUUUGGUGAGCACCAUGACCCCAAAAUAAGCUACACCAACCCUACAGAGUAUGUGUCCAACUCUGGACAGGAUUUCCAGGGACUGUACAGAGAGGACCAGCACAUCCCUUGUAUUAUGGGGUUUAGGCUUCUCCCUCACACACUGAAAACACCAUUUACACAGCCACUUCAGGCCGAGAGUUGCAGCACAAAGAGGCACAGGGGGUGUGAGCAGAUGCACAUACACUUCCAAUGUGUGCAGGCAGCCACCCCAGGCUACCCUACACAACCCUCAGCAGGGUCCUGAUUUCUUCAAAACCAAGGAAGAGCUGGAAAUUCAAAACUAACAGAAGUAUUUUCACGCAUACAUCAAGAUUAAAGGUCAGGAACUCAGUAUAUAUCUAGUUUAAUUUUAUGUAGUUUAUUCCAGCACUAAUACUGAUGGCAAGAGAUUAAAGGUGAUGGCAAAUCUGUGCUUCAGAGCUCAAGCCCAUUUCUUACCAGAGCCCAUGAAGAUGCCUGAUGUCGAGACUUCAGUCUUCGUUUUCCUGCUCCAGAACUCCACCCCCUCACCUUGGAACAGGAGGCCAACUCCCAUGCAGGAACCAACCUGUAUGACCCUUACAAUUGAUUCGUUUAGCGCCUCAUCAGGCUUUAUUAGCAGCCCUGACCCAGGCAUCACUGCAGCUCACUCAGGAGGCCCGGAUGGCUGCUCGAGUCGAGCCUACCAUGUCCCACCCUGCAGGCUCCCUCUCCAAGGGUCGCUCAGCUUCGGAAGGUCCCAUUGGCCGCGGAGACUCUCACGAGCAUGUGACGCCAGAAACUCGGGCCAAAUUCCAAUCUCAGCCCUUCUGUCGCAAACCACCAGAGGGCAGCGGGACACGUACCACAGACAAGCACACAAGAUGAAAUGUUCCACUGCUGAGCAUUCCCCUUGCCCAGCUACUGCACCACAGGAACUGAAAAGAGCCCAGCACACAACACACUGCCCUCCAGGUGUCAGGAGCUGCCCUCCCAUCCAUGCCUCAGGGAAGCACUCUGCCAAGUGGCAGGGACCUGACAGAACACAUCACACAGGGCCCGUGUUCAGCUGGUCCUUAGCUCAGAGGGCUCACAUUGACAAAUCAAGCCAAAAAAACCUCCCUGGCAUAAGUCAGAAAAUUUACUAACUUCCAUGGACCACUACAUUAGGGUGUGGUAAGAUAAAUAUACCCCCUUGCUUACUCUGACCCUCUUCCAAAGCCGAGCAGUAGGCAAAGGGUAGCAGCAUCAGGAUGGGUCUAAAAAAAUACACAGACAUAAGUCCAGAUGCAGAUCAGGAUUUCCCCUGCCCCUUAUCCAACCUCCUCCGUCUCUUCUACAGUCAAUUUAUUUUGCAUUCAGGCUUUUUUCCUAAACCCAUGAUAAGAUGUAUCUUCAUCUCACCUCACUGUAGCGAGGAAUUGGUCAGUCAGCACCAGCUUCCACAGGAAAAAGAGGGAGGAGCCCUGGACUUGCCAGUGUGAUUGUGGCAGGGCAGCAGGAUCUCUAGCUAAGAUAACCUUGUUGUUGAGCUCCAGCCUGAACCAAUGCUGCCAGGUUCUUGUGCAAUCCUGGACAAGGUUUUUAGGGCAGAAGUUCACAGAGAGCUCCAGCCAACUCCCAGAUCAUGGUUGCUUUUUACCCAGGCUCAAUUUCAGGAAGUGAUUCAGCCCAUGAAAGGGACAGAUCACCAAUGGGACCAAGGUGACAAAACCAGCACAAAAUCACAAGAGCAUUUCAGUAGCUAGAACUUGUUUAUUUAUAGUUUAAUCAGUUCAGGAUUAUUCUUUGCAGUUUUUGAAGCAGUAAUUUCCUCUGUCAUGCUUGAUCUUUUUAAAGAGCAAUAAUACUGAGGAAUAUUCUUCAGAGGAUGCAGAGUGUGGGCAGACAGCGGAAGCAAACUAAGACACCUUCCAAGCACAGCACCCCAGAAGCAUCCCAUGGAAAAGAGUCGGACAGGAAGAGAGAGAAGAGGCUGGUUAACACAAGAUAAGGCAGCAGGAAGGCUGGGUCAGGUCAGUGCUGACAAUGCUCUUGCAAGUACCACUCAGAGUCUGGUUUUAAAAGGAGGCAGCUGCUGCCAUCUGCAAAUCGAGACCUAGAUGGUGGCAAAGUACCAGAGGACACUGCUGUCUCUUGGAAACGUGAGAAAAUCAUUGGUCUGUUUUUACUGUGUGCAGCAGCAAGCCACAGAGGCAGCAGGAAUAGAUCCACCAAGUAAAACCAACCCAACAGCAACAUCGAGAUUUUGAGAGCCCUUCAAACUCCCUCCAGUUGGGCCCCAAUGACCCAAAUUCCAUUCUCUACUGAAGGAUGCUACCCAUUUACAUUUCACCUAGUGCAAAUCUCAAUAGCACGCUCCAAAACUACUCUAGGAUGUGAAAUAGAGAACAUAAAGGACAGAAAACUCAAGAGAUUUGUACAUCAAUCCAACGUAACACUAAAGCAGCUCCAUAGCUGCAUUCUAAGGUCAAAUCUCCUUUUUGAGAACCCCUUAGGACAGGAAGGGCAGACACACAUCGAACCAGAGACAGCAAAGCACAAAGAGAACCAUCCCAGGUCAGAUGAACUAACGCAAUCCUCAGAAAGCCCUUCAAGGCCACAGUCAACAGCUAACUGGGGGUGUAAGACAGGUUUGUGUAAUGCCAUGAAACCAACUGCUCAGAAGCCUGGGUGACUCAGUUGUGUUGGGGAAGAUGCCAUUGCUCCUGAAAGCUCUUUUAUCAGAGGUCCUAUCAAAUGUGCCCAUCUCUCUUUACUUGAUACCCUCCCCAUACUUUAAUUAGGGCCACACUAUGUAUAAUGCCCAGCACAUUACUGGGAAGGAGAGAGAGGAGAGAAGAACACAGCUGACCAAAGAAGCUGCCUUCUGGGAAAGUUGCAGAGCUCAGCCUGUCUCACUGAUCUCUCAAACACUUCAGUAAAGAUGACCCUCACUGCAUCUGAUGUUCAACAGUACCAUUUCUUCCAUGGCAUAACAGUUUUCCAUUGCCCCACAGGGAAACAGGCAAGGGAGAGCAAGAAAAGGCUCAUGACUCCAACAUGACAGUAGAGCACAGGAAAGCUUGGAGAGAAAAAAUGGCCACCAGUUUAAUACAAUCCUAGCACCAGUUGGCAUUACAGCAGCCAUGCAGUCUAUAUCUGCACCAGAAGGUACAGAAACAGCAGAAUUAGCUGAAUCAUCUUAUAUACAGUGGAAAAUUUCCACAUUCCAUUUAAAUCAGCAAAGGGAGGGACUGAGGUUAGGGUAAGCUUAAAAUUAUCCUCUGCUGAGGAAAGCAACUGCUGCCCUGGAGCACUCUUCCCAACAGUAAUCAACCUUGGAGUCCAGUGUCUUGGUUUGGAUUUCAGGUGCAAGUAUGUCCCCUACAAGAGGCAAGGUUUUUCUCCACAUUAACUACUUCCAUAUUCAGUCCUCGAUUUCCAUAUGUCAACUCCAUUGACAACAGCACAGUGGGAAAACAAACUGAUUCAUGCUGUUUGUCACCACAGCACACAGGAGUUUACCUGACACAGCUGUAGUGGGGAUGCUCCCACCUACUCACUAACCCUUCUACAGCAGAUUUGCUCUCCAACUUCUAACCUUGCACUCUUUUCGGUAUUAGCUUGACCCUGAAAAACAGGGUCCGCUAGUUCAUCAAGAAAAUAUUGUGCAAGAUGUCCCAUUUCCAUGCAAUGAAGAUAACUGUCUCCCUGUACAGGAGCUGAUGGAACUGAUGUGAAGGACGUGUGGGAACACAUAGCUCAGACAGGGAAAAGAGAUGAUUCCUGCUUUAGAGACAACAACCAGCUGAUCAAGUGCCACUUGCUUUAAGUAGCCAACAGAAGCAAGAACAUGAUUAAUAUUAGGAACUAGUGGUUCACAAUGAGAGCCAACCAAAACCCUCCAAUCACAAACUUAAUCCUUGUGCAGGAAGAAGUGGCUGUUUAGUAAAAGACUUAUAUGAAUAACCCAAAAAUUUUAAUAAGAAAUCAGUGUCCCAGCCAAUAAAACACAAAGCUGCUCUUCAGCCUCUGUGCAGCCCUCAGCUCAAGCUUGAUACAAUUCUCAGGGAUUUUCCCAUCAGAGAUGUUUGCCCCUUUACACAGGACCCCAUUAGCACAUGUAAGGCCAAGCUGUACAGGGCUUGGAGCAACCACAUCUAGUGGAAGGUGUCCCUGCCCAUGGGAGGGGGUGGAAUGAGAUAGGCUUUCAGGUCCCUUCCAACCCGAACCAGUUUGGGAUUCUGGGAUUUUAUGUAGCAGCUGGUUAAGCAGCCAGUCCAAACCUCAUGUCCUAUUUGUGUGCAUGAGCUGCUGCAGGUACCGCAGUAACCCUCACAGGUGAGAGGACAACAGCCAUUAGCCACAAGUACAUCUGCAGAAGCAAAUCCUCUGUCAGUAACGUGAGGGAAUCCCAGCUCACACUACAGACUGGUUUGCCAUUCUAGGAUGAAAAAAGUGCCACGUAUUCCCACCUGCCUCUGAGCCCUGUGCUCUCAAACCCACUAGCUGAAAGUGGCAGUUCCAGAAGGGGAAGCAAAUGGUGGAUUUGCCUGCUUUUGACACUUUUUCAUGCUUUCAUACAGGAAGGAAGACAAUCACCACGGAGCUCAUUCGAGAACCUGGCAAGAGUGAGCACAUCUCACACACCUAGCCUCAGACAAACCUCUCCAGCACACUCCAGAAAAAAACAGGCAUAGUGUGAAACACCAUGAGAGCUGUUUGAGCUUGUUUAACCAGUCACAGGCCCAGGACAGCUAUAUCCUAGCAGAUACAGGGAGCUAUCAGACUUCUGCAAAGCUAAUGCAACACUAGGAAGAAGGAAACAGCACCACUCCUUGAAAAGUAUGUUUUUCCAUCUAGCACCUCCUGGAUUCCCUCCAGAGCCAAGUUUAACCUUGUGGCCUUGAUUCAACAGAACAGACUUUAUUGCUUGGCCAAAAGGACUGGCACAGAUCAAUGCCAUGAAGAUGUAUGCAGAGGGACCACUUAAGGACAUAUCCAAGACAGAAAAGGCUUGACAGGGUAACCCUGAAGAAGUCAUAAGGAUUCUCCCUCCACUCCAAAGGCAGUUUCCUGCAGGCAAUCCCUUGGUCUUGCUGCUGGCUUUAGACAUAGGAAUUAGAAUUAGCUGUCACAAGGUGAAGAAGCUGUAAGAACAGCCACCAACACAUACCAGCAUAACCUUCUCCAGGAAGCUCAGAGUUCCAGCCAAACCUCCCCAUAGAAGGCAGCAAUUAUAACUGAAUUGCAAAGUUGAACAGCAGCACUAAUCACUAUGAAAAGUGAAAAAACACACAUUUUACACUAAGAUUCGGGAUUAGAGUACCUAAAAAUGAGCUUCUUAAAAGAAAAGUGAGGUUCUUUCUAAUGUGUUUUAAUAAUAAAUACAAGUUAUUAUCAACAGCGUAAGACUUCACUAUUCUUCUGGAGCAUGAACAAAAAGGUGUGAUGAAGUGUGUACAGUUUUGUGAUAGGUAUGACAUCGCUUGUCCUUUUAGGCUUUCUGCUAUCCGCCCAUGAGUAGGGAACAGAAGAGGUUGAGGAGCCAAAUAAACUCCAAAAGCCAGGUUUUACUAUUUGGGAGCAUGCACACUGAGUAUUUCUUUGUUUAAGAACUACCAAACUCUCUUCUUCAUGGGGUCUGACAGCAAAGAUGCUGCAUUAAAGAUUAGAGUGAUUUUGACAGGACUGAGGCCAGAAGCAGACUGACAAGGAUUAAACAUUAAGGAAAGACCCAAGAUAGCUCACAAGGAGGAGAGAGGGGCUCACAAGGGAUAAAAGCCAUAUUUACAAGUCCUUCACACUCAGAAGAAAGGCAAAGGAAAUAACUACCCUCAGGCAGGCUUGUGAAGAUACUUUAAUACAUCUGAAAAGAAUGCAUAUACAAAGAACUUAGACAUGAAAAAGCAUUGGUUCAACACUAAUGAGUCUACAAGAAAUUGAAAUUGUGGAAGAUGGAGAAGAUUCCCUAAGUCUUAAAAUUUUUUUAAUUUGCAAAC